UUCAAAAUGUCGCUGUCACUUUCUCAAAAAAUUAUUUUUUCAUGACAAAAUGUCGAUUUACCACAGUUUCGCUCUAGUAACUGAGGCAAAAUUUAACCAGAUUCAUUGUCAGGAUGACAGAAAUUAUGGAGAGAACCAUUUCAUCACUCCCUGGUAUUUUAACAGGAAGAAUGGGACUUGGAAGUUCAAAUAUUUCCAGCAAAAGUUUCCAAAACUUUGUGAAAAUGGUUUCUGAAGUGAAAACCAAAUAUGAGGAAGAUCAACUUCUGAAGAAAGAAGUUUCAAUUUUGAAACAGCGUUUGGCACAGCCUGGAAUCUCUCCUGGACAGAUGAAAGAAUACCUUGUAAGAAUCCUUUACUGUCAUAUGAUGGGUUAUGACAUCUCAUUUGCUUUCAUCCAUGCUGUCAAAUUAGCUCAACAAGGAAGCCUGUCACAGAAAUGGGCAGGUUACCUCAUGUGUGGACUAUUACUUCAUGAAAACCAUGAACUUGUCCUUCUUCUAGUCAAUACAAUACAGAAGGAUCUUCGAAGCAGCAAUGUUCUGGAAAACUCCAUAGCCUUGAACACAAUAUGUGGCCUAGUCAAUGCAGAAAUGAUUCCUCCUAUUCUUCCACUUGUAGAAGACAAACUAAACCACCCUAAGGCCUUAGUACGUAAGAAAGCUGUAAUGUGUUUGCACAAGUUUCUCAGUAAGGCCCCGAACCAGGUGCAGCAUAUUCAUGGAAAGUUUAAGAAAGCCCUUUGUGAUAAAGAUCCUAGCGUCAUGUGGGCUGCUUUACAAAUAUAUCAUGAUCUCAUUAAGAGUGACAUAGAAAGCUAUCGUGACAUAGUAUCUGGCCUGGUGAGCAUCCUGAGACAAGUAGUAGAGCGCAAACUUCCCCCUGAGUGGGACUACCACAGUGUCCCUGCACCCUGGCUGCAGAUUCAACUACUCAAAGUUCUUGCCUUACUUGGUGCUAAUAACAAAGAAUCUAGUGAAGAGAUGUAUGCAAUAUUGAAUGAGGUGCUGAAACGAACUGAAGCAUCACACAAGAUAGGACUAGCUGUGAUCUAUGAAUGCUUGGAGACAAUAACCUGUAUAUAUCCCAAUGACCACCUUGUGAACCUGGCCUCCAAAUGCAUCACCAAGUUCAUCAGGGCCAAGAACAACAACCUUAAAUUCUUAGGUCUGCGGGGGCUUACUUCUAUAGUACGUAUCAAGCCCACAUUUGCCGUAGAAAACCAGGAUAUUGUUAUAGAAUGUCUAGAUGAUCCAGAUAGCAAUAUAUGCAAGCAGACCUUAGAGCUGCUCUACAGGAUAGGUAACCCCCAUAAUGUGAGAGUGAUUUGCAGUAAAUUGAUGGAACAUUUCUCAACCCAGGAUGAAACCAUCAAACAAAAUGUGGCCAACAAAGUUAUGACAUUAGCUGAAAAACAUGCUCCGACUAUGGAGUGGUAUAUUCAGACUAUGAAUAGUGUCCUUACUGCUGUGCCAAACAGUGGCUCAUCACAAUGUUUGCAGAAUAUUAUCAGCAAGCUCAUUGCAGCCAACCAGGAGGUUCAUCUGUAUGCAAUAGGGGCCUAUAUAGAACUAAUACAAGAUACCCAUGUUUCACCUGCAAUACUCCAGCUGGCAGCAUGGGUACUUGGGGAAUACAGUGGUAUUAACAAUACUAUAAAAGUCUCUUCUCUCAUUGGACUUCUCUGGAGGCAUGUUCUUCCCACCAACCAGGAAGACACUGUUGUUUAUAUUCUGUCUGCAAUUAUCAAGCUGGUGCUCCGUCAUGAAGACACUGUUGCAAUAGUGAGUGGUUUGGUAUCAGAAGAGCUGUUGAAGGAUUGUAGACCCUCUGUGAAACAGGCCAUGAAAGAACUACAUAUGCUGUGUCAGUGUCCCUCUGCGGUAGCAACUAUGGUUGCUAUGGAAACCAAUGUAGAUGAGAUGGAUUAUACAUUGAGCUUCCUUGAUGACUAUGUCAGUGAUUGUUUAGAGAAAGGUGCCUUGCCUUAUAACAAUACAACAAACAUUCAUAGCAGAACUUCAAAGUCACCAAGUAAAAUGAGUGAAUCAAUAUUCUCUGGGUUGAAUUUCAAACCCUACAAUGACAGUGGGUCAGCUAGAAGCAUCUCUACACCAUCUAUGUACAGACUAGGAGCGACAUCUAUAACAUCUACUAACUCAGACUCAGACAGUGGAUUUAUUGCUAAGCCAGAAGAACCCGUGCUGAAUUUGAAGGGAGUGAAAAGCAUCUGGAGCAAAGAAGGAACAAAAUCUGAUACAACACAGCAGACAGAGACUAACUCAUCCCAAUCAAUAUCAAACACAACUAGAUCAAAUACAACAAGGACUAAAUCAAGAGUUGAGGGAACCUCUCCAAAGCAGCCAGUCCCUGAAGAUAUAGACAAAAAGAAGGCAUUGACCUCAGCUUUGUUUAUGGGAGUGAGUGCAAAUAGUACACAGUCCACUUUGCCAGUACAACAGAGCAGUCUCACAAAACCCUCUCCCACAGAACACCACAUACAGUAUAUAAAUCCCGCAGACUCUAAAACACGAGGAUUCCUCUCUUGGCAGGCAGAGGAGGAUUUUCCCCAUAAUGCAACAUUUGCUCAAAAGGCAACUUACAUGAACAGCCCGUCUGGAAUAUGGAAUCAAAUUAAUAAAGAUUCUUCCAAAACAGAUGAGCCUAAUUCAGAGGAUUAUAGUCCCAGGUCUGGCCAUAAGAUGGCGGCACCUGACAGUGUAAUUGGUGCAAGGUCAGUUAGUCCUCCAAAUGACAUAAGCAGUCCACAAAGUGCAAUUGAUAAUGAUGACAUGCUGGAUAGGGAAUGUCCAUUGACAAUGUAUGAUGGUAGAUAUAACACAGCAUUUGACCUGCAGCGAAGCUUGCUCACUGACUAUGUUGAGACACCAACAGAAGAGAUAAAUAGAGACAUAACAGGCCAGUCAAAUAGUGACAUAACAGGCCAUUCAAAUAGUGACAUAACAGGCCAGUCAAAUAGUGACAGUUUCUACUUACACACUCAAGAUGAUGAUGAAUCCAUGUAUGAGUCUAGGACAUUUACAAAUGACUCUACUGUCAAAUAA